ACAUACAUAUGUAUAUACGUACAUUAUAAAAUCACUCGGUUUACGGCGUUGCGAAAAUUUCUUUUUAAAUAAAUUUGCAAUUAUUGAUAACCAACAUUUUUCCAAAACUUUACGGUAAUAUAAAGUAAACGUACUUUAGAUAUUAAAAUAAGUUACCUCCGGAAAAGAAAACAACUGUAACAACUGGAAAUUUUCAAUUUCUUCGCGUAUACUUUCAUUAUUGGUGGUUACAUGGAAUUUUCGACGGCGGAGUUCCUUAAAUUCAUCACAUAAAUGUGUAAAUGUUAAUAUCGGUGCUUACCAUAACUGCAAUUGUAAAGAGUUGUAUACAUAGAUUUCGUGGGCGUGGCAAUCCCAGUUCACAUAUAUUCUCAAGAAGUCAGGCCAGAAGUAACACAAUGAGUGUGAAAUAUAUAGAACAGAAUGCUGGAAGUGAUAAUUUGCAUUCAGAGGACAUAAUUGAAGAUGUUAUAAAUGGAACUGCAAUCAAUUCAUCUAACGUCAUCGAUUUCACAGCCGAUAACGAACAAUGUUGUUUUGAAAUCACAACAAAAAAUGUAAAUGUAAUCGGCAGUGCGGGCACUCAUGACCACGGGUCUUCGAAAGUGAAAUUAAAGAAUAUUGUCGAUUAUAAGUGGGAAGUAAAAAAUUAUCCGGGCCAUUUAAUAGCUGUACAUAUGGAUGGAAAACAUAUUGCCUACGUCAUAAAUGUUAAUAACAAGGUGUCACGUGUUGAGGGUAUGGUUCGUGUUGUGAAAGCGCAGUCGGGACUACGAGCUUUAAUAAAAGGAAUGUCUGGGGAAGUCUUAGAUUUACAAUUUGCGCAUAUUGAAACGGAGCACAUACUCGCAUCUAUUGAUAUGAAUGCUUUGUACAUUCAUAAAAUACAACUAGUCGAUGGGAAUUUAUUAUGUAAUCUUGUGGUUAAAAUUGAAGACCCAUUGUUAAAUUAUUCCCCUAAAUAUGAUAAAAUAACAUGGUGCCCAUUUAUUGAUGCUCCCGGUGAAGAUGAUGAAGAAUGUCAAUUAAUUGUGUGGGCAAGAGGAUCAAUGCUGCAAUGUUUCAACAUAAAUGCAAUAGUAGCGGAAUACGGAGUGGGUGUCAUACAUCCGAAUGUUAUUUCGGCGGGCUAUAUAAAAGUGUUUGACGAACUAUGCACCGUAAGUUGGGUCGCCCUCUCGCCUGAUGGCUCUACUCUCGGCGUGGGCAGCAUUGACGGUAUCAUACGAUUUUAUCAGGUGUAUAUGCAUGACAAGGAGCCUCGAUGUUUACAUCAAUGGAUUCCUCACAACGGAAAAUCUAUUUCAUCUUUCUUUUUCUUGGACAAUUUGACUAAAAAUGUAUCUGAAACUUAUUGGAAAUAUGCUAUCACUGGAGCCGAAAAUAAUACUGAGUUCAAAGUGUGGGAUUGCAGUACAUGGGAAUGUUUGCAAUCAAUCAGCAUUACCACAGCGUCGGAAGAAAAGAAAGUACCUCGUUUUAUUGCAGAAAUUGAUAGAACAUCAUCAUAUUUGGUUAUAUCAAGUUUAGAUACACGGAUCUGCUAUAUUAUGCAAAUUGUAAAUAAUAGUAAUGUGGUAUCACUAACUAAAUGUUCUGAUAACGAGAGUAACAACAAUUUUGCUAAUAACAGUACUAGUAGCAAUAGUAGUAUCGGCAGUACAAAGUGCUUUUCGAAAAGCUUACGCCCACUUGUUUACAUUAAAAGCAUUUCAGAGUUUCCAUUGAGCUCUGGGAUCUUAUCAUUUUCAAUUGUCGAUGCAGCAGUGCGGCGAUAUAAAUGUGGGAAUGAUAAUUAUCUGUGUGAGGAGUUUGAUGACUACGAUGAAGAAACUAAUUCCACAUACUGUGUGGUAGUGAGAAUGUUUAUUGUGCAAUCUAAGAGCAUGCAAGAGUGUCGUAUACUAUAUCAGCCAUCUGUUUCUGAAAAUGCAGAAGUUCGAAGCACCCUAUCCGAAGAAAGCGAGGUAGUAAGAGUUUCCCCAAAUUUAUCUCUAUUGGACAAUGUAGCUAGUUGCAUUAAUAAUAGAGGUAUCAAAGCUGGUGCUACUGAAAUAACAAACAAUUUGAAUUCGAAUAAGUUAAUUCAUACACACGUUAAAUCAGAAAUAGUAGAUGAAAAAGGUGGAGAAGAAGAAAGCAGCAAGGAAGCAAGUGCGCUGGAAUCUAUACUGGGUUUUAGUUCAGUUUCACCCGUUAGUUUGACUAAUCAAAUAUCUGUACACAAUACUGCUACUUCUUCAAUUGUCGCUGUAGCAGCUGCUGCUUCUGCUCUGCCCACUCCAUCGACCAAUGAAUUAAAUGAUGUUCGUUCUUGCACCCCUUCUCCCCAAACAAGCAAUAAAAACUUCAGUCAAGUCAACCUCAUGACACCGGAUGCAUUUAAUUCUACUUCAGGUGAUAAAAAUGCACCAGAUUGUGUGAGCUCAGAAGUUUUAAAUACUAUUUUAAUGUUGGCAAGUGUCGCGGGACAACCUCCUGCACCAAGAACAGAAAGUAUAAAUAUUCUAAAUUUGGUAAAUAAUAAAAUGAUUGAGGAUCAGGAACAUCAAAAAUUGCAGCACAAACAUUCUUUGACUUCCAAGAAGAAACUCAAAGAUAAUGUAGCUAGUGGUGGAUCUAGUCCUAGCCGUGAAGUUCAAGAAAUUAUGUCUUUACAAGAUAAUGAAAGUGGGGAUGACGACUUACUUGAUGAUACUUCCAGUACUACUAAAGCGAAACCAGAUAAUCAAGGAAUAACAGCGCAAACGGAAGAAAUAGAAACAGAAAUUCCUAAAUGCCAUUCCACAACCAGUAUAUCAAACUGGUCCAAGAUGACUGAUAUGCAAAAAUGCUCAUCCAAACACUCAGCUGAGUUGAAGAAUGCAGCACAUUUGAUGUCACAAGUAAUAAAUGUUACUUCAGCAAAUAACUUAAAUAAUAGCUUAGUGGCGCCAACUAUUAUUAGUACAAACAGUAACAGUAAUGGUAAUCUGGAAAGUACAGGAAUUGAAAGCAGCACAGAUCUUACAGAGUUAAAUGGAAAGAUGGACCAAUUAAUUGAGUUAGUUAAAAUGCAGUCAAUACAAAUUAAUAACCUACAAGAAGAAGUGGCAAGUAUGAAAAAGACAAAUCCAUUGGCAUCAACAAAGAGUAUGUCUGAAUUUUCAUUCAAACUUGAGAUGCAGCUAUCAAAAUUGAUGGAGCAAUAUUUAAAGCGUUACGAAAAUGAGCAUAAAAAAAAACUGGCGGCCUUUAUGGCUGGAAGAGACCAACAAAACAGAGAGUUACGUGAUAGUUUUAUCCAGAUAAUGAAUCAAUACGUUCUAACUCAACUUGGAGAAGUCGUAUCAAAAGUCAUUAAUAUUGAAAUACAGCGGCAGUUGGCACCAAUGUUGUCUGCAAAACUAGAUCAUUUGCAACAACAAAUACAGAUAGAUAUCGGGCAGAAAUUAUCAGCAUUUGACUUGAUGAUUAACGAAAAUAUAUCAAAAGUCUGUAAGAGCAAGACAAUAAUUGACACUUUUGGUAAAUCCGUUUUGGUGGGAGUUCAGGGUAGUCUUCAAGCAGUAUUUAUUGAAUCUAUGUCAAACACAUUGAUCCCAGCAUAUGAAAAAUCAUCUCAAUGUAUGUUCCAACAAUUGCAUGAAGCAUUUUCUGUUGGAAUAAAGGAAUUUAUUGAACAAUUUGAUAAUUAUGUGCAACAUUUGCAACCUAUGCAAGAUUCCACGGAAGAGGUGCUUAGUAAGUUGUCUGGCUUUCGACAACAUAUUGAAUCUAUACUGCUUAAGCAUCGUAGUUCUGUUAUAGAAACAAUGCUCGAAACUCGAAAAGACGUAAAGAGCUUAGAAAUUGUUUUGUCGCGACAAAUGCAAGAAACAGUUCGUUCUGAGAUAAAGAGAGGUUUAGAGAAUCAAACAUCCGUGCUACGUUCUCAAACUAACACACCAGCUCCGAUGUAUGACACCAAGGACACUAUAAAAAUAUUGUUGCAACAAGGACAAUUCAAUAAAGCAUUUCAUCAAGCUUUGCUGGCUAAUGAUUUGAAUUUAGUGGAGUUUACUCUUAAAAAUGCCGACCACACAUCAAUCUUUACUCCUGAUUGUUGCUUGGAACAAAAGGUUCUAUUAUCGCUGAUUCAACAAAUUUCAGCAGACAUGAGUAAUCAUAAUGAAUUGAAGCAAAAUUAUUUAGCAGAUGCUUUGCUCGCCAUUAAUCCAAUGGAUUCUAUUACGCGCGAGCAUGCACCUAAAGUACUACAGGAAUUAUUCCGAAAUUGUCAAAUAUUUUUGGUAAACCAUUCAAAGAAUCCGCAGUGCACUAACGUUCGUAUGUUGAUGAAAGCCGUACAGACAUACAUGGACCAACUUUAAUAUAUUUAAUCUAAUAGUCACAUUCAGAUUGCCCUCUACAAGUGCUCAACUGGCGCCAACAACUUAAAGACUGGUAUAAUUGACAGUAGAUGUACUAUUCGCGGCUGUUCAAAUAUAUUGUAACAGACAAAUCGACACAAUAUCACUAAAUUUUUCCCUAAUCCGUAAAAAACACCUUUCAAAAGAGUCGUAUUUUUUUAAAUAUUCAUGUAACUUAAAUAUAAGAAAUAAGUAUAAGAGCUUUUGUAUUUUAUAUUUUUAAAAUUUUUGUUAUUCUUUAUAAUUAGAUUUCAAAUUUAAAUUUAAAUUUAACAUGAUGGGAAUAAGUGCUGGAAAAGAGAUAUUUGUAUUUUUUGUUGGCUUCUUUUCUUUACAGAAAUAUACUAUUAAAAUUUAUAUGCUGGCAACAUAUUUUAUUUAAUCGAAAGAUAUUUAGAAACAUCAAACAUAAUAACAAUUCCUUCCUCGAAUAUUGUAUUUAAAAGAAAGAAAAAUAAUAAUACUUUCUUAUCUUCUUUGAAGCACUACAAUAAUUUGAAUAUAUUUAAUAUUAAGCAAAUUAAAUUAAUUGCCUAAACGGAUAUAAGGGUAUAUUUACCUGGAUUUACUUAGGGUUGAGGAGGUUCUUUGAACAACGGAUUACAUGUAAAAUAAAAAUUAUUUAAUGAAUAAAUGUACAUAGAUU